UGCCCGGAGAACAUCAACAGGGAAUCAUGGAUCAGCUGGCCUGAGAGACCUCCAGCGGCUCCCCCCCUGCAUCUUGGAUAAUAUUCCCUUAUUAUAACAAGAGUCCUUAACAUUAUAAAUUAUAUCUGACGGCUAGUUUUGAGACAUAUUAAGAGAUGCCUACCGUCAUUCUUUUGGAUGUGUCACUGUCAAUGAGUCGUGGUGUAGACAUAGCGAGCCCCUGCCAGGACGAUGAGAAUGUAGAAAGCCUUCUGUUGAGGAAGGACCUUGCUGCUCAUGGCUGUAAUAUUCUCCUUGAUCAUUUCGUCCAACAUUGCAAGUUGGAGUUUGCUUCUUUGAUAGUAUUCUCAUCAGUUUACAAAGUAUUGAUGCCAUUCACAAGGGACUUUGAAUCGAUUAAGAAUGCCCUAAAUUUAGUGGAUGAAUGUGACAAAACCAGCAUUGAGGUUGGACUAAUGGGAGCAGCACAACAUAUUCUGGAAGAGUGGGGCAAUGGGACACCUUGUCAGGUUGUUUUAGUGACUGAUGGCAAUGCAGGAACUGGUCAGCAUUCCCUCCAAAAGUCAAUGAUGUCUUCUCAUUCUCGAGGAGCAUCUCAAUUUCCGUUACCAUUUCCAUUUCCUGCAAAACUGAACAUUGUUUGCAUUGCUAAUCCUAGUGAACUAUGCCUUCAGACAUCUAAACCAUUAUAUCAGAGAUUGAUAGAGCUUAAUGGAGAAGGAGAUAUUUUAGUUCCUGAUGGAGGUCUGAACAAAAAGACAGUAACAGAGAUGUUUGAGCAACUGAUCAAGAACAAUUUCUCCUCUUACUCUGGGAAUCUUCACUGUGGUAACUUGUCUGCUCCCAUCACCUUAUCACCUCCACCUCAGCCUUAUUGCCGCCAUCAUGAUUUUGAGGUGAUGCGUGUGAGUGUGGAUUCAGCCAUUCAAGUAUUGGGCUUUCUUAACACUGGAGAUGUGUCCUCCCCACCUGCAUUCUCCAGGCAUCUGGUCCUGCCACUUUCUGCAAAAGGUGACAUGGUAAUGUUGCCGAAGGUUGAGCCUGGAAGUGAUGACGAGGGUGGUGGUAGUGGUAAUGAUGAAGGGAAAAUCCCCUCAUUUUGUGUUUUGCUUCAUGGUGGACUCAAGCGCGAGAACAUGGUGGCCUUGUGUCAAGUUGGAGAGAACUGGCAUGGUAUCCUCUACUCUUGGGCAGACAAUAAGAAAAAAUCAAACCUCAUGCUCUCUCUCUUUGUACCAGGAGUGGAUGUCAUUCCAUGGAUGGGAAAGCUAUCAAAUCUGGGACCAGCUUCACAGUUACCUGUUAAUCCAUAUGGACCAUCUGACACUUCAUCUCCAUUCCCUCUUAAGGUUCAUGAAAAGAAGAGUUAUGCUUUAAAUUGUGUGGUAUGGGUGCGACAAGGUGGACUGCAGUCGGAUAUUCAAAAAAUUCUUCGUCAUGCACGUAAACUCCCGGAUAAAACUCCAAGUUUUUACAAAGAACUUAAUCGUGUUCGUAGAGCUGCACUUUCUUAUGGAUUUGGGGAACUUUUGGAAGGCUUGGCAAAUGUCUUGGAGAGAGAAUGUACCCUGCUGCCUUCUACAGCCCAUCCUGAUGCUGCUAUACAACUACAACAUGCCUAUGAAGCUUUACGUAACCAUGACAAAAAAGACAUCAGACAGAACAUUGCACCACUCAAAACUACAUUUUCAGGAAAUGAUUAAUUAUGAAUUUGUAUUCCAUAAAUAAAAUAUACAUUGAA